UUGGUUUUUUUAAUACUUAAUAAAUGGAACAUAUUUUGGGCCUCAUUAUGGGCUUUGGGGUGUCGUAAACAAAAAACCCUAGUGGAUCUUUGGAACGGAGCGGAGAAUGGAGGAGGGAGGGAGAGUGGUGGAGAUGGAAGAUGAUCUGAAGAAGAAGAUCAAGAAAACAGUGAAGAGGAUCCUGAAGAGAUCGAGCAUGUACGACAUGACGGAGAUCAAGGCCCGAGAUAUGGCGUCUUCCGAGCUGAACCUCGACCUUCGAGAAUCGGUCGAGAAUUUCAUCGAGGAAGCGAUCGCCGCCAUCGAAAACCAAAAGGGCAAAUCUCAGGAUCAGAGAGGAGGAGGAGGAGGCCAUGAAAAGACGGCAACCAAGAAGACGAAGAAGAAGAAGAAGGAAACGUAAUAUAUCAUCUUUGGUCGUUUUUGUGAUUUCUGCAAUUACUUGUAGACUUUUUCACUUUAAUUUUGUUUCAAUAUAAUCUUUUUAUAUGUAAUUGAAUUUUGCUUAUUGACAUAUGAUUCUAUGAAGAAA